AUGGCCGGAUUGGAGACAUCGCUAAACCCCGCGAAAAACAUCGACUAUGGUAGCACAAGGGCCGUAUCGCCGCAACGCGGGUACAACAAUGAAGAUGCGGAAAUUGUUCACGAGCUGGAGAAUAGAGAUCUCGCAAGGGGCCUGAAACAACGUCAUAUUCAGAUGAUUGCGAUUGCCGGCGCUAUCGGAACCGGUCUAUUCCUCGGUCUUGGUUCGUCAAUUGCCACAGCUGGUCCAUUGGGUUCCUUACUGGGUUAUCUGUUUGUCGGUUCCAUUGUGUGUGCGGUUCAGUUUUCCCUGGGCGAAGUCACCGCCCUGUUCCCCGUGACUGGAAGCUUUGUUCGCCAAGCAGAGAUAUUCGUUGACCCGGCUCUAGCAUUUGCUAUUGGAUGGAACGUUGUUUAUGGCGCAUUCAUAUCGGUCCCCAGCGAGAUUUCGGCUGCCGUGGUGCUCAUCCAGUACUGGAACGAGACCGUCAAUCCGGCCGUAUGGGUAACUGUUCUGAUUGUAGUCUCGGUACUUGUGGCAGUCAUCUUUAUCGGUAUCUACGGUGAAGUUGAGUUCUUCUUCGCCCUGCUCAAAAUCUUGCUCGUCAUUGGUAUUAUCAUCAUGGGUCUUGUUAUCGACCUGGGCGGCGUCCCUGGUCAACCACGUCUCGGCUUCCAUUACUGGAAAACCCCGGGCCCAUUUGUUGAGUACAUUGCUACUGGCUCCUGGGGCAGGUUUCUGGGAUUUUGGGCUGUGAUGUCUAAUGCCGUCUACUCCUUCGCCGGGGUUGAGUCACUCGCCAUGGCAGCUGCUGAGACCAAAAAUCCGCGACAAAACAUCCCUAAAGCGUGUAAACGUGUUUUCGCUAGACUAACAAUUUUCUAUGUCCUCGCAAUCUUGAUUGUGGGCAUGCUUGUUUCCAGCGAUGAUGAUCGAUUAAGCAAUGAAUCCGGCACCGCAGCACAGAGCCCUUUUGUCAUUGCUGCCAGCGAUGCAGGCAUCAAGGCGAUUCCAUCGAUUGUCAAUGCGGUUGUCCUGACAUCGGCAUGGUCUGCAUCCAACCAGUCGAUUCUCGCUGGUACGCGGACUUUGUAUGGUCUUGCGCUCAAGGGCCACGCUCCUAAAUUCUUCCUCUGGACUACACCAUACGGCAUUCCAUACAUGUGCGUUGCGUUACAGGUCACAUUUUCGUUUCUCUCGUAUAUGUGUGUUUCCAAUGAAGCACUCACUGUUUUCUAUUGGUUUGUCGAUUUGACCGCCGCGGGCGUUUUGAUUAGCUGGAUCACUAUUGCAUUGAACCAUAUUCGUUUGAUGAAAGCCUUAAAAAAGCAAGGCAUUUCCCCUACUGAAUUGCCCUGGCAUAAUUUUUGGACACCAUAUGGAUCGUGGUUUGCCCUGGUAGCUUGCAUCAUCAUUCUCUUAACAGGCGGGUUCACCGUAUUUACCGAAGGAAAUUGGAACCCAUCUAGUUUUGUCUCCAGUUACCUGGAUAUUCCGUUAGUCCUUGUUGUCUACGGUGGGUACAAACUCAUCAGAAACACCAAUUUUGUUUCUCUAGAAGAAAUCCCCAUUCGACAGGCGAUCGAAGCAGCGCGAAAUGAUCCUGACAACGUCCCUAUCAAGGUCACUGGGUGGGAGAGAUUUAAUAUUUUGUGGGGUUAA